UCUGUCUGCUCCUCCCCAGGGGGCUCAUCUGGGCCCCUAGGCCUCUGUCUUUGAUCCUCUCUUCUGCACACAGCGCUUUGGCUUUGGGGGAAGGUGGUGGCAAACUCGUCCCAGAUGAAGAGAACUCACCUGUUUGUUGUGGGGAUCUACCUGCUGUCCUCUUGCUGGGCGGAAGAGGGACUCAACUUCCCCACGUAUGAUGGCAAGGACCGGGUGGUGAGCCUUUCGGAGAAGAACUUCAAGCAGGUUUUGAAGAAAUAUGACUUGCUCUGCCUCUACUACCACGCGCCGGUGGUGUCUACUGACAAAGUUGCUCAAAAGCAGUUCCAGCUCAAGGAGAUUGUGCUGGAGCUGGUGGCCCAGGUCCUGGAACACAGAGAUAUUGGUUUUGUGAUGGUGGAUGCCAAGAAAGAAGCCAAGCUUGCAAAGAAACUGGGUUUUAAUGAAGAAGGAAGCCUGUAUAUUCUUAAAGGUGAUCGUACAAUUGAGUUUGAUGGCGAGUUUGCAGCUGAUGUCUUGGUGGAGUUUCUGUUGGAUCUCAUUGAGGACCCCGUGGAGAUCAUCAACAGCAAACUGGAAGUGCAAGCCUUUGAACGCAUCGAGGACCAGACCAAGCUCGUUGGCUUCUUCAAGAGCGGAGACUCAGAAUAUUACAAGGCUUUUGAGGAAGCAGCUGAGCACUUCCAGCCCUACAUCAAGUUCUUUGCCACCUUUGACAAAGGGGUUGCAAAGAAACUGUCCCUGAAGAUGAAUGAAGUUGAUUUCUAUGAGCCAUUUAUGGAUGAGCCUGUUCCUAUCCCCGACAAACCUUAUACAGAAGAAGAGCUGGUGGAGUUUGUGAAGGAACACCAGAGACCCACUCUACGACGACUGCGCCCAGAAGAUAUGUUUGAAACCUGGGAAGAUGAUCUGAACGGGAUCCACAUUGUGGCUUUUGCGGAGAAGAGUGACCCAGAUGGCUACGAGUUCCUGGAGAUCCUGAAACAGGUGGCCCGGGACAAUACCGACAACCCUGACCUGAGCAUCGUGUGGAUCGACCCUGAUGACUUCCCUCUGCUCGUUGCCUAUUGGGAGAAGACUUUCAAGAUUGACCUGUUCAAGCCCCAGAUUGGAGUAGUGAAUGUGACAGACGCUGACAGUGUCUGGUUGGAGAUUCCAGAUGAUGAUGACCUCCCCACAGCUGAGGAACUGGAAGACUGGAUUGAAGAUGUGCUUUCUGGAAAGAUAAACACUGAAGAUGAUGACGCUGAAGAUGAAGAUGAUGAUGACGAUGAUGACGAUGAUGAUGAUGGUAAUUCCGAUGAAGAGGAUGAUGAUGACAGUGAUGAUGACGAUGAUGACUAGUCGUAACUGCAAGUGACUCAGCUGAAGACAAAGUCACAGCUAUCCACUACCGUGCAGACAGCACGAGGCAGCAGCAAGCAGCCCUACUCCUCACCCAGCCAGCUCCUCUCCCUCUUCCAGCAUCGCUUCCUGCUCCCUCCUUGUACAGAGCAGCACACCCGAGCAAGUGCCUUUCCAAGUCUCCCCAAGUCCAGGCAUCCCAUUCACCAGGGACAGGGCUAACUUACUCCCAUACCAACUGCCUUGGUUGUCAUGGAAAGCUCUUUUUCUUGAUCAGACCAUUAAACGUCACGGCAGGACCAGAGUGAAGCAGCCUGUGGGGAGAACAAGUCCCCAACCCCUUGAAUCAAGUUUGCUUGUCUUUGACCACAGCAGUAACAGAACUAAUAGCCUGAAAACUCCUGAGCAUGGAGUGAGUUCAGACUCAGAGCCGGGGAAGACACACGAUUAGUUCUUGUAUUGCCCUUACCUGAUUGAGAUUUCCGUCCUUAAACGAAGAAGAUUCCUUCCACAGGGAAGGCUCAGCCUUGUACACAAGCUUAUAAAUCAGUUUCUCUGGGCUCUGUUAAACGUAUCUUCUCAAAAUCAAUUCAGACCUGUAUGUACCCAGGUCCAAGCCUGUGAAUGACUACUGAGAGCCCUCAAAGCAGGUAUACGGAUGUCAGCACCUUUUCUAGUAUAUUACAAAGUUCCCUCUUUGUGGCCAGUCCCCAUUGUUCACCAACAGUCAGGAAGGAAUAUAAGUUUUGCUUUUACUGCUGGAGUUAAUGUCUGAAUG